UUGAAAGAAAAAAAAGGCAGAAUUUUCUUCUAAUCUUGUAAUGUGUGUUGCGUAAAGAGUUACAAAAACAUAACCUUAAAGUACUGUAAACAAACCUCGUUGUGGAAUUCUUCAAAUUAGUUGUUUAUUUCAUAAAUAUACAUAAAAAUGGAGGACAGUAAACAGGUGAAGUUAUCCAAAGGGAUUUUAGACAUGAAGUUUAUGAAAAAAACACGUGAGCGUGUUUUAAAAGAGGCAGACGAUGCGGAAGGUAAAGCGAUGUAUAGCGACGAGAUCACCGAAGAAAUGAAACGUGCGGGCAAUACUAUAUUCAUCGAGACCAGCUUGACGCUAUGCAAAGACCUGAUUGAUGGUAGAAUGUCUUUUGGUGGUAUGAAUCCUGAGAUCGAAAAGUUAAUGUCAAAUGACUACUUGAAGAAAUUGGAACAGAGCGAGAAGAAAAAGGAAACUGAGAUUUCUGAUGUCGAAAUGGCAAAGGGAUAUUCGACUGCUGUUGACCUGAUCAGCAAGAAAUUUCAAAAGGGACGACCCAGAAGUAAAAAUAAGAAAUUUGUUAAGCCAGACGAAAAUGAGGAAUACUGAUGUAUAUUGUGAUAAUUUAAUGAUAAAAAUGCAUGUUGAAAUUGAUUUUUUUUGUAAUAAAACACAGUGGUUAAAAAUUCAAUUCUUAUUUUUAGAAAUAUAACGUAUAACUGCAAAUAUACAAGUUUCUCAAUA